GCGAGAGAGAGAGAGAGAGAGCCAUAGGAGUAAAUGCACCUUGCUGUCCUCUUUUGACUCCUCUAUACACGGGCCUCUAUCUAUGCCUCUCUCUCUCUCUCUCUCUCUCUCUCUCUCUCUCUCAUUUGGGUCAGCGACAAUAAGAGCACACCACUACAUCUUCUUCAAGAGUAGUCUCUUGUGUAUAUAUACAAAAGCCAACCUCUGCUUUGGACCCUUGUAUUGUGCCUUCUUCUAAGGAGGGAGGAAGAGAACAAGGAUCAUCCUCCUCUUCUGCUUCCUUUUUUUUUUUUUUCCUUUUCCCUUGAGCUGUACAAGUGUGUGAGAGAAUUAUUAGAGGAGAAAGGGAAGUAUACACCAUGGGAAGACCGCCUUGUUGUGAUAAGAUAGGUGUGAAGAAGGGCCCUUGGACUCCUGAAGAGGAUCUCAUGUUGGUAUCCUACAUCCAAGAGCACGGCCCUGGGAAUUGGAGAUCUGUUCCUGCCAACACUGGACUCAUGAGAUGCAGCAAGAGUUGUAGGCUUAGGUGGACUAAUUAUCUCAGGCCAGGGAUCAAGCGAGGCAACUUCACAGAUCAAGAGGAGAAGCUUAUAAUCCAUCUUCAAGCUCUCCUUGGGAACAGGUGGGCAGCAAUAGCUUCUUAUCUCCCGGAGAGAACAGAUAACGACAUCAAGAACUACUGGAACACCCAUCUGAAGAAGAAGCUAAAGAAGCUCCAAAAUAACGAAGACGGUGCACCGACGAGCGGCAGCGCCACGAAUUACCAACCCAUCUCCAAAGGGCAAUGGGAGAGGAGGCUUCAAACCGACAUCCACAUGGCUCGACAAGCUCUUCGUGAAGCCUUGUCCAUCGAAAGUAAGCCCACCGAUCUGAAGCCAUCAAACAGCUUGUGCUCCUACAUCAAGCCUGGUCACUUACCUACAGCUUCUUCGACCACAACCUACGCAUCAAACACUGAGAACAUAUCACGGUUGCUCCAAGGAUGGAUGAGGAACUCAACCAAGCCCAAGCCGACUCAAACUGAUUCCGGUUCGAGCCAGAACUCGAUCAACAAGGCGGUCGGCGCCGCCGACUCAGUCUCCAGCGAAGGAUCAGCUAGUGUUGUAAACAAUUUCGAAUCGCUGCUCAACUUCGAGUCGCAGACACCAGAGGGUUCGGGUUCAGGUUCGGGUUCGGGUUCGGGUUCGGAGACGAGCCUAUUUCAAGACGAGUGCAAGCCGGGUUCGGAUCAGGGUCAAGUUCCCCUCUCCAUGAUCGAGACUUGGCUCUUCGAUGAGAGUGUCGGGCAUGGCGAGGUAGGCUUCAUUGACAUGACACUAGAUGACCCUACUGAGUUGUUCUAGAUAGAGUGUGUUUGGUUCUUCUUAAUUUCCUUUUCUAUUGCUUGCUUAGGCUUUGGACUAAUAUGGUUUUCAAGUUUAAAUGCUGGAUCUAGAUCAGAGAACGUAUCCAUGGUGAAAGAAAAGAAAGAAGUGUAAAUUACAAAGAUCUACACAGAUGAUAUUAUCAUAUAGGUUUUUAUUGAUUUUCGGUGGUGUGGGAAUAAUUCUAUCUAAUGUGUUUGCUAUGAAAGCUCAGAAACUUUUAUUUUCUCGUCAGAGCCUUUGGAUAUAUCUUACAUAUUUGUAACAUUAAUUGGUGGGAAAUUAGAGAUUAUGUAAUUUUGCUCUUCUCCUUUUUUUUUGCUUUUUUCUACUAAUAUUGUACUCACAAGAGAUCUGUGAAUUGAGGUGUUCAUUAUUCAAA